ACACACACACACUCACUGAGUGAACUUGAGUACAGCCACACUCACUGAACACACAGGCAUCAUGUCUUCCGGUGGAGAUAAAAAGACCGCUUCCCAGACCGACGGCAAGGCCGCCCAGACCAAGAAGUCCGACCAGGGCAUGGGCAUGAUGGCCUACAAGAUGUACGUGUUCGACCAGGAGAACUUCCAGGGCCGCAUGAUUGAGAUCAACGCCGAGUGCAUGAAUGUGUGUGAAAUGGGCAUGGACAGAGUUCGCUCUCUGCGCGUGGAGUGUGGACCUUUCGUUGGCUGGGAGCAGAUGAACUUCUGCGGAGAUAUGUACAUCCUGGAGAAGGGUGACUACCCCCGCUGGGAUUCCUGGAGCAACUGCCAGAGGAAUGACUACCUGCUGUCCUUCAGACCUGUCAGAAUGGACCCCGAGAAGCACAAGAUCUGUCUGUAUGAGGUGGGAGACUACAAGGGUCGCAAGAUGGAGAUCAUGGAUGAUGAUGUCCCCAGCCUGUACUCCUACGGAUUCACCGACAGAGUUGGCAGCAUCAUUGUCAGCUGUGGAACCUGGGUGGGUUACCAGUACCCUGGCUACCGUGGCAGCCAGUACCUGCUGGAGAAGGGCGACUACAGGCACUUUAACGAGUAUGGCGCCCGCUGCCCCAUGAUGCAGUCCAUGAGGCGCAUCCGCGACAUGCAGUGGCACCCACACGGCUGCUAUACCAUGGCCAGCAAGUGAGGGCCAGGACAGGAGCGAAAGAGACGGACCGGAGGAGAAGCAGAGGGGCGCCGGAGGAAGGAGAGGAGGAGAGACGUCUGAGGCCAAACGCGCCUCCCUGACCGGGACGGACCGCUAACCGCUCCAUUCUCCUGUAGAUUUAUAAAAGGGUGGGAGAGGGUGCUUACGGGUGACAGACUCUCAGGCUCACACGGGACAUCCCGCUUGAUGUUUCACUGAGGCUUUUAUUUUUUUUAAAGCUCCCGGACCUCCACACGUUCG